CAACCUUCUAGAGCAACCCCGCUUUCCAAAUUGGAAGGACUAGUGUGUGGGGGGUGCAUGGAAAGUGCGGCCUGCAACACCUAACUAUAGCGUGUUCAUUCGGUCAUACCUUCGCCUACUGCGCACUGCGCAGCUUCUUACUGUUCAAACUCUCAUAACCAACGAAGUCCACGAUCAACUAUCUCUUUCCGACGCAUACUACAAGAACAAGACGAACGUGAAAGAUACACAUAAAGUAAACUUAACACACGGGACACGGCCAGAAAUACUAAACUAAACACUGGGGCCACGGCCAGAAAUUGUCAAGGACCCAACAACCACGACUCGCCGUUAAAUACAUCCAUCUCUGCACCAUUGGACAUACAAGCUGCACAAACCUCCAGCUCCUUGGAAGAAGAAUUCGGCACUCGCAUCAAACCACCACCAUCCAUUCCGAGCUUAGCUAGCUAGCUGAUCCCAAUGGCGAGCAGCACCGCCAUCUCUUGCCUGGCUGCGCUCCUGCUCCUCGCAGCCGCCGCGGCGCCGGCGUUCGCGGCGGAGAAGGAGACCCGGCUGCGGGUGUACUGGCACGACGUGGUGAGCGGCGGGCCGAACGCGACGGUGGCGCAGGUGGCGCAGGCGCCGUCCUCCAACGCCUCCGCCACGGGCUUCGGCGGCAUCUCCGUCAUCGACGACCCGCUCACCGAGGGGCCCAGCCUGACGGGCUCCAGGAUCCUCGGCCGCGCGCAGGGCCUCUACGUCAGCUCCGGCAAGGACAGCCUGUCGUUGCUCAUGGCCAUGAACUUCGUCUUCGUCGACGGCGCCUACAACGGGAGCAGCAUCGCCAUCGUCGGCCCCAACCCGGUGAACCGGGCCGUCAGGGAGAUGGCCGUGGUCGGCGGCACCGGCGUCUUCCGGUUCGCGCGCGGCUACUGCCAGUUGCGGACCCACUGGUUUGACGCCAAUACCGGCGACGCCACCGUCGAGUAUAGGGUCCAUCUUCGCCACGACUGAUGCAUGCAUCCUUGUUUCGUGCCCGGUCGGUGCUGUGAUUGUUAAUUCGUUGUUCUGAUCCAAUAUAUGAUUUCCUGAUUUCCAAUAUAUGAUUUCCUGAUUUUACCAAUAGCUUAUUUGCAUUUGGAGCGUAAGUGUAUAUGUUUUUUGAGGUGAUUUAUUCGGAAAUAAAUAGUGGAUUCGCCUAA